GCCGCAUUUUUAGCCGCCCGAUCUGAUCAAACGGAUGCUUUUUUUCAUGGCAUCACGGUAGCGCAGCUAUGGCUACAAUUCUCAAAACCUCCGAAUCCACGAUAAUAUCCGCAGCCAACCCCGUCCCGUAUACUCGAUUGCAUAUCACGCCAUUAGACGAAUCGCUGCUUAGCGUCGUUGUCCCCUCUUCUGUCCUACCUCGAGCGCGUAACAUCUCGUAUCACACCAUCGAAACCUUUCCCGACAAGCAAUACGGGUUCGUCGAUUUACCCGCGGCCGAUGCGGACAAGAUUAAAAGAAAACUAAACGGAGCCGUCCUGAGAGGAAUCAAGAUGCGUAUCGAGAAGGCUAGACCCGAACGCAUCCCCGAACCCACAGGCGCGGCUGGCGAGAGCGAAGUCAAGAAGGACAGAAAAAAGAGGAAGCGCGAAGCUGACGCGACGCCCGGAGUCGAACUCGAAGGUCGAAAAGUUAAGCGCGGGUGGACUACCUCGGAUCGCGAGAUGAUUGAGGAGAAACGGAAGACGAAGAAGGAAAAGAAAUCUAAGGAAGGGAAGAAAAAGAAGAGGGAGACCAAGUCAAAAUAUACAGAUGGGCCGGAAUGUUUGUUCAAGACGAAACUUCCAGAUACUAGAAUAUCGUCGAAAGACAAUCAAGAUCCCGACGGGUCCAAAAAGAAAAAACACAAGAGCGGUCGCGAGGUGGUCAUGCACGAGUUUGAGAAGACGACGAAGCAUCCUUCAUUUCUCAAGAGCAACGCCGAGAAGUCAAGCUUAGGGGCUGCGUCUUUUGAAGACGGCGUUGGCUGGGUGGACGAGCACGGAACCGUUGUCGAACCCGUCGCAAAUAAGAGGCCAAGCGUUAAUUCUUCCAAACCAGCGGCAGGGUCCAAGCCCUCCGAACUGGCAACUUCUGCAGAGGACGACGAUACAACAAGCAGCAGUGGCUCUUCUGAUGAUUCCGACGAUGCCGAGAUGCUCAGCCAGGCCGUAGAUAGCUCGGACGAUGAAGAAGACGACGAGCAGCCUACGAAGCCCGAGCUAGGCACGCAGAUUUUGACCAGCCCCGUAUCGAUCCUGAAGACGGGGUCCGCGAGGCCGAAAUCUUCCGGUUCAACUACCAGCCUCACUAUUAAGAUACCCCCUGUUACGCCGGCUCCUACGAAAGUGCACCCCCUCGAAGCAUUAUAUAAGCGACCUAAGGGAGGCCCUGAAAUACCCAGCGAGGCUCAACCUUUUAGUUUCUUUGAUGGAGACGAUGAUGACAUCGAAAAAGACGAGAGCGCCAUAGGUCCCUCAAGCCAGCCUCCUAUGACUCCAUUCACAAAGCAAGACUUCGAAUAUAGAAACUUGAGGAGCGCCGCGCCGACUCCGGAUACGGCACAUCCUAGUCGAACGUUCAAUCUAUGGCCGAGACAGGGCUCUGCGGACGAUAUAGCCGAGGAUGAUGAGGAAGAAGAACUAGAGGACAACGGCGAGCACGCGGGAACCAGUACCAACACCACCUAUACUGUCAGCGACGGUCAAGCUCCUGCUAGUGAUUUUCAAAGGCAGUUCUGGGAGAGCCGGGGUGAUCUGAACCGCUCUUGGAGGAGGCGGCGGAAGGCUGUUUCGAAAGAGAAGCGUUAUAGGGACAAUCGUGCUCGUGCGGAACGAGCAAUUUAAGGCAUGUAUUAUACGCGAAUUCCGGUAGUUUUAUCUUGGGUCUUGCUAUCAUACAUGUACUAUGUCCAUAUGCUCGGGCCUUAUUAGCGAACCAGA